AUGGACGUCUUCUGGACUCUACCACCGGUCACGAGGACCAUCACGGCUGCGGCUGUCGUAGUGUCUGCAUUGGGAUACGCAAACAUCAUCGACUUGAUGAGGUUUGUCUUUGUCUCGCAAUAUGUCUUCACCACGAGGAUGGCACCGCAAGUAUGGCGACUUGUUACAGGCUUCUUCAUUACGAAGAAGGGAAUGGCUAUAGCACUGGAUCCGUACUUCUUCUACCAGUACGGCAGCGGUCUUGAGCGUGAGUCGUCACGGUUCUCGCAACCCGGCGACUUCUUCGUAUACACUGCAUUUGUCGGCUCGUUAAUCGCCGUGCUCGCAGGUUACUUCCUCAGUGCAUACACUUUCCUUCCCGCCCUCACGCUUGCGUACGCAUAUACCUACGCGCAGGACAACCCGACGCGCCAGGUGUCGUUCUUCAUCCUCACGUUCGACGCGAAAUAUCUGCCGCUGGCCCUGCUCUUCCUGACGCUCAUUAUGGAGAACACUGAUGCAGCCCUCGCGCAAGCUACGGGCUUGAUCGCCGCGCACCUGUACGAUUUCCUCACUCGUAUAUGGCCCACCUUCGGUGGCGGCACAAAUUACAUUACUACACCUGCGGCUGUGAAGCGGUGGUUCGGUGGAGGUCCGGGUACUGCACAGGCUCGCGGAUACGGUUUCGCCCAGGCGCCUAGAGCGGCCGCUGAUACGUCUGCAGCGGGACGAACGACUGGUGCCAGUACUGGUCCGCAGUGGGGACCUGGACGCCGACUCGGAGAGUAA